AUGGAACCUCCAACAAAAAAGUCAAGAAAACCUAAAUGGACGGAGGAGCAGAAUUUGCGUCUAACCCGCCUUAUGGAGUAAAACAAGAGCCUCUUACUAGGCAAAUUUGGCGCGGGUGUGACAGCUCAAAAGAAAAAGGAAAAAUGGACAGACAUAUGCGCUGAAAUCAAUUCCACCUUCCAAAAUGUAACUAGAUCUGUGGAAGAGGUGGAGAAGAAGUGGCACAAUAUCCAAUCUAAAGCCAAGUGUGACAUAUCAGCCUAUAAAAGGUCAACAAGCACCACAGGAGGUGGUCCAUCCUGCACCCCCCUGUCAACAGUGACGGAAGUGGUUAGGGACAUCCUGGGCGAUGACAAUAUGGUCAUUUCGGGGGUACCAAACAGCACUGACUCCAGCAUGCUGCAAGUACUGGAGAUGUCACCCAGCUUUGAAGCCAACAGAUUAGACACUUUCAGUGAGGUGGAUCUGAGGAGGCUGGAUUUCUCCGGGGUGCAGGUCCCAGUCAUGCCAACAACAGUGAGCGAGCCCCUAGUCAGAGUGUGUCCACCAGUCUCAACUCCAACUGCUCCAUCCUCAAGCUGUCAUACUUGCCAGGCCUCUGCAAAGGAACAAGCAGCAUUAACGAUUCAAAAAUUAAAACUGGAAAUUGAAGUUCUCAAACUAAGGAAAGCAGUCUUAGUGAAAGAACUGAAAAAUACUGGGGAGGAGUAAAUUUUGCACAUGACUUUCGCACUAAUGCUCAUGGGGCAGUAAUGAUUUUCAUGUAAUUUCACCGAUUUUGUAAUUUUAUGUGAAUUUGGGGGUAUUUUGUCAUUUCAGAGUUAUAAAUUUGUCUGACUGAUUGUGGAAAAACUCUUCAUCUAAUUCUUUUCAUA